AUGUGGGCUUUCAUCCUAACAGUCAGCGAACACUUCAACAUUCAAUACCGAAACUAUACAGAUAGCAACUUCAUGCAAAAUGGAAUAAUCGUUUAUUCUGAUCAGGUUCAAACAGUAGCUCCUUUGGGAAGUAUCACAUACCCCGACAUGCUUCAGCUACAAAUUCCCUUUUUGGGUGGAGGAAGAGCACAAGCAAAUCUAACACGAGCGAUAACAGAUGCUUCUGCACAGUUUUCUUCAUAUGGCCGGCGUAACUCACGCAGAAUUAUCGUCAUAAUGGCGAUAACGUAUAAUAGUGGAGGCGAAUAUUCUCCUUUGAAAGUCAGCACAACAUUUAAAGAGAAUGGGGGAAUUAUCAUGGCUUACAGCUAUGUUCCAACCGAAACGGCACCUAACGAACAGAUCAAACAGCUAGCUUCUUCUGGAUAUUUCUUUUCAUCUCUCAACUCUUCGGUCGAAGAUUUAGUUGAAGCUCAGUGUGAUGCUAACUGCUUUUGUCCUAAUAACUUCAAAUCGUUUAUUAGUUCCACUCGAAACACUCCUCUACACGGAUGUUAUUAUGCUGUCGACUUACCUUCUAACUAUCCAUUAGCCAACUCAAACUGUAAAAGGAACUAUGAUGAUGGUUACAUAGCAUCGGUACAGUCACUGGAAAAACAAAUGUUUCUGCGGAACCAGACUUUGGGACAGACGGUUCUUAUUGGUUUGCAUAAUCUUAAUGGCACAUGGGUAUGGUCAGAUAACCAACAGUUAGGAGAUUAUCAUCCUUGGGUCUACGAACCUGAACCUUCUCAGUAUACUUGUAUCCCGGAGAAUGAAAACAAUUGGAUGCCAAUAGACAGGAAAGAAGGAUUUUGGUAUGUAUGCGAAACAAAACCUUGUGGAUGUAACAAUUACUGCGGUGAUGUAAUUCUCUCCUUUGAUAUACACACUUAA